CCGCCCCUCUGCGUUUGGACCCCUUCCUUAACCCUCCAAUCCAGUUUGUCCUCCCGUCCUGGCGAAAUGUAUCCGCCCUACUGUCAGUCUUCCCAAACUGGGCGCUUGUUUUCUGUCCCACCGGAGAAAGGAGCGAUCCAGCUUUACGUUGUUGAAAGAACACAUUCAAGCUGUGAAACGAUGCCUUCUGAUUGACAUCAACAGCAACAACUGUCCAUCAUGAACAGCGAGGAAGAGUUCUAUGAUGCUGAGACAGGUUUGGAAUCAGACGACUCGUGUGAAGUCAGCUUUAAAGAUGCCUGCGUCUAUGCGAGCAAGCAGACGGUGAAUGGCAAAGUGCCGUCUGAGAAUGGAGUGUGGGAGAGGCGAACUACUCUUCCAGCGCCCAUGUUCUCCAGAAAUGACUUCAGUGUAUGGGGCUUCCUGAAGAAAUGCAUUGGAAUGGAGCUGUCCAAGAUAACAAUGCCUAUUGUUUUCAACGAACCGCUGAGCUUCUUGCAGAGGAUUACAGAGUACAUGGAACAUACAUACCUCAUCCAUAAAGCUUGUACACAUUCUGACUCUAUAGAGCGUAUGCAGCUUGUUGCCGCGUUCGCCGUAUCUGCAGUUGCAUCGCAAUGGGAUAGAACUGGAAAACCUUUUAACCCUUUAUUAGGAGAGACGUUUGAGCUUACAAGGAAUGAGGGUUACCGUAUGAUCUCAGAACAGGUGAGCCACCAUCCACCAAUCAGCGCCUUUUAUGCAGAGUCACUCAAUCAGGACUUCUCGUUUCACGGCUCCAUCUACCCUAAACUGAAAUUCUGGGGGAAGAGUGUGGAGGCGGAGCCUAAAGGCACCAUGACACUUGAGCUGUCCAAGCACAGAGAAGCUUACACAUGGACAAACCCUAUGUGCUGUGUGCAUAAUGUUAUUCUGGGUAAACUGUGGAUUGAGCAGUAUGGGACAGUGGAGAUUGUCAACCACAGCACCGGGGACAAGUGUGUGCUGAAUUUUAAGCCAUGCGGCAUGUUUGGCAAAGAGCUGCAUAGGGUUGAGGGACAUAUCCAGGACAAGAGUAAAAAGAAGCAUCAUGUUAUCUACGGAAAGUGGACAGAGUGCGUAUAUAGCAUUGAGCCAAAAGUCUACGAAGCCAACAAGAAAGCAGAGAAGAAAAGUGGAGGAGAUUCCAAGAAACACAAGCAGGAACAGGGUACAGGGGGUGAUGAUGCAGAUGAAAUGCCAGAUGUCCAGGAGACAGUCACUAUGAUCCCAGGCAGUACUCUGCUGUGGAGAGUAGCCCCUCGACCGCCACACUCGACACAGAUGUAUAAUUUUACUAACUUCGCAAUGACGCUUAAUGAACUGGAGCCUGGCAUGAUUGGAGUCGUAGCACCAACAGACUGUCGCCUGCGGCCGGACAUCAGAGCUAUGGAGAAUGGGGAUAUAGAUACUGCAAGUCGAGAGAAAGAGAGAUUGGAAGAGAAGCAGAGAGCUGCCAGAAGAGAGCGUGCUAAAGAUGAGGAAGAAUGGUCUACGAGAUGGUUCCAGCAAGGCAAUAAUCCGUACACUGGGGCUGCGGACUGGAUCUUCAAGGGCGGUUACUUUGACAGGAAGUACUCUGACCUUCCAGACAUCUACUGAUUCAGUUGGGAAGACUGAAAGAGGCUUGAGAUUCAUCCUUUGCUCUCCUUCAUUCAAUCCAUAUCAUCUCCUCUCCUUAAGCUCUUUUCAAUUUUCCCUUUUUCCUUUGUCGGAAUGUGAGAUUCAAGUGAACAGUUUUUGGACAAAGCCUCUCCACAAGUUCCGCUUUUCACUAGAAUCUGGAAAUUCAGCGUGAAUUAAUUUAUUUAUUUUGAGAGGUAGGGAAUGCCUUAAAUUAUUCACUUUUUUGAUGUUAGAUUUUGAGUUCAACAUUCUGUGCAAACCUGAAUAGGUUUAGAAAUUGCUAGUUUAUGUAUGUGCUAACCUACCUUUCCAUGUGUCUCGCUAGUUACACUCAGGUAUUCAUUUUAUGGGUACAAGCGGUUAGUGAAGGCAUCAUUUGCAGUGCCAUCUGUGAAGAUAGCCAAUGUUUGUGUGAUUAUUGAAUUGUGGGGCUGCUCAGAACCUAUUAGAAGAGCUUCAUUUGUGUUUUUGUUAAAACUAAUGUUAUUUUAUCUCUUAUUAUAUGCUUUUUUCCUCAUCUCAGAAAUGCUUUGGUAUGCAUGAUGUGCAGGAACUUCAUAGGUAUUCUGCCUGAUUUUCAGUACCUGAGAAGGAAAAGGAGUUUAUUUUUCAGAAUCAUCCCAUCUGUGUUCAGAAAUCACGGUUGCAUCUCAUUGAUGAGGCCGUUUUCUCACCAUCUCCAUGGUACAGGGGAGUUUACUAAAGCUAAUUUUUCUCAUUCCUCAUUUUAGAUCUGUUUUGUUUUUGUUCAACAGACAAAAAUGAAAGCUGCUUAUGAAAAAUGUUUACUUGGUAGUAAAAAAAAAAAAAAAAAAGUUUUUUAAUUGUUAAAAGCUCUUAUAAAAAAAAACAAAAAACCUAUUACAUCCUGGCAUUGAUAUUUUGAGUGUGUUUAUGGUUGCCAAAGCCACUUUUCUCUUGUAGAAACUAAAGCCAUAUAACUCGUCAGGACUGCAAAUGUUGAGCGAUCCAGCCUGGUGAAUGAAAUGGAGAUGGGUGCUAAUCUGUUUCUUUUGAUUUCAUCACUUCAUGGCUCACGAAUGUCAAGGUGCUUCAUCUUAGCCCACAUAUACGCUCACAUGUACCAAAAAUGCUCAGAAUGUGCUUCACUGCUCACAAGCUUUUUGCCAUACAGCAAGCUUCAUUCUGCAAGGACUAAUUUUUUUCCACACAUAGAAAGACACCACUGUAUUUUAUUUUCGAAACUUUAAACAAUACUGUGAUUUUUUUUUUUUUUUUUUUUUUUUUUUUUUUUUUUUUAACACUCACAAAUUUCAGAAGCUAUGCAAACAUUGAUGGGAAUGUCUUGUCUGUCUAUGAAUUGUACAAUUUUAUGUGUCAAUAAGCUUCACUGUUUAUAUAAGAACACUUUGGUUGGCCUAGUUCAAAGGUAUCAAGCAUGCUAGUACUUUUGCUGAUGGUUUUACACGCUUUUGUUGGCUGUUUUGCACAGCCUAAAGUGGGGCUGAUGUGUGGUUUGAUGGAGACACAGGUGUAUGUAACUGCAGUGAUUAAUAGCUCUCUUAUCUAAAUAUUAGAAUUGAUUAUCAUCUACACUUAAUGGGAGUUCAUCAUUUAUUGUGUAGCACAAGAAUAUUUAUCUUUAACAUGUUCCAUGUAGUGCGUACAAUUCUAAAAGCCAAGCUUUGGGCCGUGGCAUACUUUAACGGAAAUUUAAUUCCCUAUUUUAUACAAUAUAUUGUGGCAUGUCUAAACAUAAAUGAUUUAAUCUCACUUACUAGCAGUUAGAAAUAUCAGUGUAUUAUCCCACCAGCUGCUAACUUAAUGGCUUUAAAUGUCCUUUAAAUCUUGAGACAUUAAAAACAACUUAUCCCCAAUUGUCUCAUGAUUUUGUGCCAUCUUAAUCCUGUAGCAAUCACACGAGGUUAAUGUACAAGUAAACCUGGUCACACUGAAUGCAACUAUGUAAAGCAAGCAUACACUCAGAAAUGUCAAUUUUAAGGAAUUCUGUGUGUGUGCUUGUUAAACUGUUUAUAUUGGUCAUGACACUAGGGAUUGGCUGUUUCUGUUGUGAAACUCGAUAUUUCACAGAUAGAAGCCUGAAUUAUACCACUUUGGUGCUAUGAUGGCUUUACAUAAUUGUACAUGACGUAUUGUGACUUUUUACUACAUUUGUAUAGAUCACGUGAAAUGCACUUAAAUUGUCGAAUGGAUCUGCUUAUUUGUAAAAUAGCAAUAUUAACGAUAUAUGUGAGACCUCACUAAUUAAAGAAAUUUCAGUUUGCUCUUUUGUGUCUCAAGGGACAAGCAUCAGUUUGGAAUUUUUGACAAACCAUUUGGGAGAAGCUUUAGCUUCCUUCAUAUGUAAGAUGGUGAGAACAUUUGUGAAUUAUAUCUGUUGUUCUGCAUUGACCUAAAAUGUGAACUGAACUUUAUCAAAGUCAAUGUCAUUGAUAAAGAGGAUCUAAUUAAACACAUAACAGAAAAA